AUGCCUCCAAGGAAGAAGACCAAGCGCGCACAUUCGACCACACCGCCAGCUGAGGCGGCGCAAUCGAGCGCCGACACACCCGGUUCCACCGAAAGUGUUGAGAAGCCCGAGGCAGAUUAUGACAUACUCACCGAUCCGUGGACUGAUGAGCAGGAGACUGCUCUUUUAAAAGCAAUUAUUAAAUGGAAGCCGGUUGAGUUCCUACACAGCCAAGGAUACGGUCCCACCACUGCAGAGCACUUAAGUAUUCCAGGGAUUUGGAAGAAAUUGGGUACUCUCUACAAUCUCGAAGCUCUCAAUGAACGGGUGAGCAAACCGUCCCCAAAUCUGGGUAUAUCCUUGCUAAUCGAGCUCUUUAAUCAGGAGGACUCGGUGAUUACAGAUAUGAAUGAAGACGAGGACGGGGUUAGUGAGCGGUACUGCCCCUUCGAGCUUCCUUACGAUGAAUACGGCGAUCUUAUGUUCGAGAGACGGCUAGCGACGGAGGGUUCUUCGUCGCCGGUCAUGAGCCGCCAUGCCGACUCUCGACGAGGAAGUACAGUCGCAGAUACCGACGAACCGCGCUCCUCUCCUGCCCCGUCUCGAGGUCGAAAGUCCACCCGUGGCACCCGUCAAACUGCCCCAAAAACUCGUUCAACAAGGCUCCAUGUGGAAAUCGGCACUGGCAGUCACGAGAAAUUGUCCGAGUCGGAUCUAGAUUCUGGCGAAGAAACUCCCGUGAAUGACGAUGAUGAAGAAGAGGGAGAAGAGGGCAGCGAUGAGAAGGAAAGCGAAGACGAGGAAGAAGGCGAUGAUGAGAAAGAGGGGUCACGAAGUACACGAGCGCAAACAUCGCGGACAAAGCAAAAGGAUAAGAAGCCCUCCACAAGUACAGGGACUCGAAGGACUGGUCGUCGUCGUUGA